GAAAAGAAGUAGCCAAAAGGAUCGAGAUGCUUCUUCACGUCCUAUCGUGCGUCGUAAUUGCUACUAGUGGAACUAUUGGCUAUUACUCCGUUUCUGGAUGGCGAAGGGCAGAUUUCAGUGAGUCCUCCUUCCUUUCCGUCUCGAGAGGGAUAAUCGCUGGAGUCUUGCUGUCCACUGGUUUGACAAACCUCCUCCCUCGGGGAAUCAAGGACCUGGAGCCCUGGGCCGAGCUACCGAUCGGCGGGAUGGCAGUCCUGCUGGGCUGCGGUCUUGUAAUGGCAUUACCCCAGCGGUAUUUCCUGAGGGUUUCCGUUACUGAUGAAGCGCAGAAUGGCCUGGACGGGCCGGCGGCCGUCCUCCGUCGUCUGGAGGAUAUCCACGCCAUCCGUGCGAAAGUAGAAAAAUUGAUACCCGUGAUCGGCGCACAUUCCGUCCUUUUCGGUUUCUGUAUCGGAGUAUCUACAGACCCAUAUGCCGUCUGGCCACUAACUAUUACCCUCUCUUUGUUUAAUCUUUAUGAGGGGAUGUUCCUGGGAAAUGACAUGAUUCAGAUCGCCCAGCAGGAUCGCCCAAUUAUAGGAGGUUUACCUGAAUUAAUCCAGAUUAAGUUUCGACUAGGGUCCGUCUCGACAAUUUAUUUGUUUUAUGCCCUGACAAUGCCACUAAGUGUUGCUCUCGUAUCUUCAAUACACAACGAUCUCAGCCCAAGGAACAACAUGCUACAAGGAGUAUUAACAUGUGUUACAUCUGGUAUGCUGACGUACCUGGGGCUCGUAGGCGCUAAUGUGGAAAGGAACUGGCAAACAAUUGUGUCGGCAUUUAUAGCUGCUGGACUAAUGACAGUGCUGGCGUGGUGACGCAGACGAGUAAGAGAAAAGCAACCGUUAGCAAAGAAAUAGGUUGCUUCUUAAAUAAUAGCUGGCGAUGGCAUGUGGUGCCACUUUAUAUAUGGGCACAAGUAGAAAGAUGCAACAUAAUAAGUUGCAUCUUCACAAAUUUGUAAGAUGAAAGUUUAAUUAGUUCUCAAAUUACUAUGAGCUUC